AUGGAUUCGAAAGCAACUAUUUCAGAAAACAGUCCUGAAUACAAACUAAUCGUCGAUUGCAAUCAGCUCUCUGUUGAUAUCGACAAGGAAAUCGCCAUCGUACACAACUUUAUCCGUCACAAGUACAGACCAAAGUUCCCAGCGAUUGAGUUGCUUGUGACUCACGCAAUCGAUUACGCACGUGUUGUCAAACAGAUUGAGAGCGAGACGGAUCUUACCUCCGUCGAUAUGGAAAGUCUUUUGCCACGAGACAGAGCUAGAGCUACUUUUAUGUGUCUUUCGCUUCUAACUUCAACCACAAAAGGGAAACCUCUACCACAGUAUGUCCUGCAAAAGACGAUCGAAGCAUGCGAUCGUGCUCUCGAUCUUGAUUCCGCAAGAGACAAGAUCCUUAGCUUUGUCAAGGCAAAGAUGGGAUGUCUCGCACCGAAUCUUUCAGCCAUUGCAACCAAGCUCUGUCUCGGUUAA